CAAUACUACAUCCUUUAAACUAUCGCAUCCCAUUCCGCUCGGCGUAGAUUCGAAUUCUCGAAUUCGAUUCGAUUGUAUCCUCAAUUCAAUGAUUACUCAGUAGAGCCCUAGAAGUAAUCACGCCUACGUUGGAGAUAGCCACCGAUUUGCUAUACUCCUUUCUUUACCCCCCUUAAUAAAUCACACGACCUUGUUACAACCACCACCAUGCCGUCCAUACUCAGCGAAGAAGAUAAGGAAACCGUUAGGCGAGUAGUGCCAAAACAUACAAACAAGAUACAGGCCGUAGCUGUUGCGAGGUUAUAUGUCGCCUAUCCACAUCCUUCAAAAUGGACGUACACUGGCCUACAAGGGGCUAUCGUUCUCUCCAACGAUCUAGUAGGAAAUACGUAUUGGUUGAAGCUUGUCGACGUAUCUCCUACCGCUCGAGGUGUAAUAUGGGACCAAGAAAUAUUUGACAAUUGGUCCUAUAAUCAAGAUCGAACCUUUUUCCAUUCCUUCGAACUCGAGGACUGUUUAGCUGGGCUGUCUUUUGUCGAUGAAAAGGAGGCUAAACAAUUUAAGAAGAAGAUGGAUGAGAGGGAAAAGAAUGCGUCGAAGUCCACGAAAAAUACACCUUUCGGCGGUCCAUCACAGCAACCUGUCAAGCAAGGCUUCUUUGGGAGUAUCUUCGGAGGACAUAGACAUUCCUCGGCACCCACGCCGCCCGAAUCACCUCGUAAUAGUGUUAUACCUACACUCCAUGAUGCGAGAAUGUCUACAACGAAUGUUAACGGUUUCCAAAAACCGCCAUCAAAAUUCGCCAAGCUAGAGGCAUAUGAUCCGAACUGGCGAGACAACUUCGGGAAUUUUCUUUCGGAGCAAGGGCUUACGGACGAAUUCAUAAGGGAGAACCAAGAUUUCAUUGUCGAAUUUUUGAAAGAGCAGGGGACUCAUAAUGGAAUGCCAGCUGCGACAGCACCUCCGCCGCCGCCUCCACCUCCGUCAGGUAGUCACUCGUCACUUAACGGUAACAGCCACAAUCACGGCCACGGUCAUGGUCGAGCGCCCCCUCCUCCUCCACCUCCUCCAUCGGGAAACCCGCGUUCAACGUCGGAAAGCCUAUCAUCAUCAGGCUCCCGUCGUGGUCUUCCUCCACCUCCACCUGCACCUCGUAGGUCUGGCAAGAUGGAACUCGUUCACCGAGAGCCGACACCACCGCAAGAGCCAAUUCCCCCACGACCGCGAUUUAACGCACCUCCUGCCCUGCCCGAUGCUGGUAAAUACGCUCAUAGUGAUCCCGCGCCUCGAGCUCCUCCUGGACCGGCACCCCCUCCACGACCGCCUAAGACGCCGAUGGAAGAGCAGGAGGAGAAGCCGCAGGGACACAAGUUCGGGGUACCUCCCGCUUUUACUGGCCAGAGGCUGAACAACGCUCCACCACCACCGGCCAGGGGUCCGGUGCCCCCUCCACCUCCGCGAGAGCAGCCUCAAGCAUCAGCACCUCCACCUCCACCGAGUCUGCCACCGAAGCUGCCCACCUCGAGCGCACCGCCGCCAGCACCGCCAGCACCUCCUUUACCCCCUGCCGCUACUCGGCCUACUCCCGCACCUCCUGUUGCUGCUCCUCCGCCUCCUGCGCGAAGUCCACUUGUACCACCACUUCCAGCAUCAAGUGCGCCAGUUCCGCCUCCAUUACCUCCAUCUUCUGCGCCACUACCGCCUCCGCUGCCCCAAUCCUCCGCACCAUCUCCUCCUCCCUUACCUGGUGCCGGAGCUCCUCCUCCACCCCCACCUCCCCCACCACCACCUGGCCCAACAGGAAUACCAGCACCUCCUCCACCUCCCCCGCCAGGAGGUAUCCCAGCUGCUCCUCCACCACCACCCCCGAAUCGCGAUUCGGGUUACUCUUCCGGAGUGCCAGCUCCUGCUGCGCCAUCAGCAGACAAUAGUCGUUCCGCAAUGCUGGACAGCAUCCAGAAGGCUGGUGGAAUUGGGUCGCUCAAGAAAGUUGAUAGGACUCAGAUCAGAGAUAGGAGUGGCGCUACAGUCGGGGGCGGAUCGGAUACAGGACCGCACGGUAGCGGACUGCCGCCUGCCGGUAUCGCCCCCGGUGGCGGUGGUGGUAUGGCCGAUGCAUUGGCUGCAGCAUUGCAGAAGCGCAAGGAGAGAGUUCGUGAUAGUGAUGAUGAGAAGAGCGAUGAUGAGUGGUAGAGCCGCAUUCUCGAAAUUCAUGCAUAGCAAAUGGCCCUAUUGGUCGAACAUUAAAGAGGGGGGAUACGACAAUGGACUUGGAAGUUGAAGUCUGUCGGAAAAUUACGUUACACAUGUCAACCAGGCUGUAGUCAG